GAAGAUAAAUGAAUAUUAUCUUAUGUAAGUAUUGAUAAGUAAUCACACUCAUUACAUUUCCAAGUUCACUCUGAUAAAGAUAUACCUAACACAGUUGCAUACACAACAGAAUAUGCAAUAGUUUAUUGUAGAAAAGAAACCACGAACACUAGAGGUACAAAAGAUACCCUUUAACGUCGAAGAUAUGAAGCUAACUAUCGGUAAUCAUGUUACUAUAAUUCUUCUUUCUUUGGCUUGGUGCAGUGUUAGGUCUAUUAAUGCUUCGGAGAAAGUAAUAAUAGAUACAGAUGCUGGAGCAGAUGAUGCAGUAGCCAUACUUUUGACUCUUAAAUCUGAAUUCAAGGGAUUCAAAGUUUUAGCGAUUACUUGUACAUAUGGGAAUAUAUAUAUAAAUAAUGUAGUAGAAAAUGUACUUAAAACUUUAACUAUUGCUAACAGAAGCAACAUACCUGUUUAUAAAGGAGCAGAGGAAGCAUUAUUAAAAGAAUAUGAACCUAGUGAUUAUUUUGGUUUCGAUGGUUUUGGAGAUUUUAAAUUCACAGAAAAAAUAACUGCUAAAGUUGAUGAAAGUAAACACGCAGCUGUAGCACUUGUAGAUUUAGUAAAAGCAAAUCCAGGUGAAAUAACUCUAUUAAGCAUAGGACCGUUAACAAAUGUUGCUAUAGCAGUAGCAUUGGAUCCUUCAUUCUUAAAAAAUUUGAAAAAACAUAUUAUAUUAGGCUCCAGUACUUCUGGUAUCGGUAAUGUUCUACCUAAUGUGGAGUUUAAUUUCUAUCAAGAUCCUGAAAGUAAUUAUAUUGCAUUAAAUCGUACUAAUAAAACGAGUACUCUAUUUCCUUGGGAAACAGUUAGGAAUAGUCAUAUACCUUUGCAUUGGCGUACUAAUGUAUUGGGACGUUUAAAUUCUACUAUAACAAAUUUCUUAAACAAAGCGGAGCGAAUAAGUUUAUUGCAUUCUACUUCAUGGACUUCUUCGGAUGCAAUGGCUGCUGCAGUUAUGAUAUGGCCAGAAUUUAUAGAAACUUCUAUAAUAACAAAUGUAAGUCCUGUGGUUGAUGGAAUGGCCAGAGGUUCAGUACUUGUAGAUUAUACCAAUAUAACUGACAAACCAAAGAACGCACAAAUUAUACAAAGAUUUAAUGUAACAGCUUUCCAAGAUACUUUGUUACAGCUCUUCUCCUAAACUUGUCAAAUAAUAAUGGUAGUAGAAAUGUGUUUCUAUUAGGUCGUGUAAUAUGAAAUGUUGGAUUUUGCAAAGAAAAGGAAACCUUAUGUGAUGUUCUAAAAGACAUUUAUUCAAUCAAAAUAUGCUUUAUUCGAUUCAAUAGACUUCUGACAAUGUGUUCAUCACGCAGUUCAUUUUGCAAAGAAACUACCAAAAUGAAAUUUUGCAAAUCAACGCUGCACUGUUUUUUCAUUCACAGUAUUGUCCCCAAAUGCUUUGUUUAUAUUUUGAGCAGUUUUUGCAGCAUUAUUUCCAAGUUUGAAUUCAUAUAAGAAAUUUACAUGAAUGUUGGUGAUACCCGUGUUUUAAAAAAAUGAUGCAAGAAGUAGUUAUUAUGCACAAUUUGGAAAAACUUUUUUGCAAAGAGUUAUUCUAACAAUCGACAAUGAAACUGUUUAAGAGAUUAUAUGAAAAACUGAGGAAUAACAACAUCAAGAAUAGAAAGGUUUAUGAGUAAGAUAUAUCCGACAUUUCAUAUUAAACAACCUAAUAUUAUAUUCUAAGAACAU